CCUAGAUACCGUACCUAGUACCGUAGGUAGGUAGGUAGGUGGGUACCGUAAUUGCCUACGGCAGGCUAGCCGCUACCUGCUCGUCUGCCCCUCCGCUCGUCCGCGAAGAGAAACACCACUUGCAAUUUGCAGGGCGAUUUGGGAGCAAGCCUCUCUCUGUCAGUCAGCUUGUGUUGCUUCAACACCUUCUUCUCAGGAUCCAUCUGGCGCGGGCGACUUGCACGAUUGCGUAGGCUUGUCUUUGGCAUUCUGCAAAGCGGAGUAGGGGAAGAUGGCUGAUCAACUUUCUGAGGAGCAGAUUGCAGAGUUCAAGGAGGCAUUCAGCCUCUUUGACAAGGAUGGUGAUGGUAGCAUCACCACAAAGGAGCUCGGCACUGUCAUGCGGUCACUGGGGCAGAAUCCUACAGAGGCAGAGCUUCAGGAUAUGAUUAACGAAGUGGAUGCGGAUGGGAAUGGAACUAUCGAUUUUCCCGAGUUCUUGAACCUGAUGGCGAGGAAGAUGAAGGACACGGACUCAGAGGAGGAGUUGAAAGAAGCCUUCAAGGUCUUUGACAAAGAUCAGAAUGGCUUCAUCUCAGCAGCUGAGCUGCGGCAUGUAAUGACCAACUUGGGGGAGAAGCUCACGGACGAAGAGGUUGAUGAAAUGAUCAGGGAAGCAGAUGUGGAUGGAGAUGGGCAAGUGAAUUACGAGGAGUUUGUGAAAAUGAUGAUGGCAAAGUAGGUGAUGGUAUGAGGUGCAGCGAGCCAAAAGCUUAGUGUGAAGGGUGAUCGGUCGGCUUAGCUUAUCCCAGGAAACCAAUUGAUAGGGCAAGGUGGGUCCACGUUGUUCAAUCAGCAUUGCCACAUGCAGGCAUAUCUCCAGACAAUUCUGGCGUACUGCACAAACUUAUUCUGGAUUUUGGGCGCUGGACUUGCUCGCAGAUCAGUCCUGACCUUGCAUUCCUUGCUUGCGGGCCCUGUCUCUGCCAGAGCUGAACUCUUGGGACACCCUAAAAAUUCUGGAUUGCAUCAACCAGCAGCGGCCAGCGACUCUCUUUGUACACAGCUUUGCGAUAAGUUGGGCAGCAAAAAGCCCCGAAG